AUGUCUUUCAAAGCCAUCCGCUCCAUCAUACUCCUCCUCGCCACCACUUCCAUGGUGGCAGCCGCCCCCGCCGGUACCUCCGAACUAGACCCCGUAGCCGUUGCUCUCGGCGUCACACCCGACGAUAUCACGAGCCUUAAAGAAAUGAAGGAUAUCAGCAACUUUGACCCCACGCCCUGGACACAUCCUGCUGGAUUGUCACUGUCUCCUUCCAACCCCGCCGAAUGGCCCGCAGACGUCAAAGCACAGUUCAUGGUAGACAUGAAAGCUGCGUUUGUUGAGGUUCCCAACACGCCAUCCAAGCCAGCACUUUCCAAGCGAUUGACAGGUGCCCAAAGCCCAGCCGCUCGAGCUGAAGCCGCUGCUCUCACUAUUGACUUGCAACAACCUGUCAAAGGGACGAUGCAAUGUCUGUGCGGCCCUCUGCUCGGGCAGGUGGGUGUUUAA